AGGAAGCUCUACUAAAUUUGGGAUAAAUCGCCGUGUUCCUUGUUUCUCUUCUCUUGCGCCUCGUCGCUCGCAAGGCCGAAGAAGAGGGGAGGAAUAGACGGUUUCGUGGCUCAUCGAUCGGUCCGCAGAAAGGGGAAAAGUUGAGGUUUUGAGUGGUUCUUCUCCCGUUAUCUCCGGUGUUGUAGGUUCCUUUCUUCCUUUACCCUUAAUUUGGCUCUCCCUUCUCAUUCUCUUUUGUAUUGGUGGCGGCCUUGAGGUUCUAUCGAUCUGGUGGCUGAAAAGGCUGAUCUUUGCAUCAUUUUUAUUUGUUUCGAAGGUAUUGUGGAUUGGUUCGAGGUUGUAGUAGAUCAGCAUAUCGGAUUGUUCUACUGUUCGGUUGAAAAAAUAUGAUCUCUGGUAAUUCGACUUAAGAAGCUUGAUAAUUGUUUGAGGGUUUGUUUUUUUUCCCCUUUGGCUAAAUUGAGGGUUUGCUUAGGCCUCUGGAACUUUUGAGCUGGCAUUUUCUGUUUAUUAUUCAAAGUUGACGAAUUUCUUGGGUCAUGAAAAUUAGAUUAGGUUUCUGUAAAGACAAAUCGUUAAAGAACCGGAGUUUGGAUUGAAAUUCCUUUGAUUCACAAUUUUGUGCUGAAGAAUCAAAUACUGGUCAUUCUGGUCAUUAGGUUUGAGGAUGGCAUUGAAUUUUUCUUCUCGUUCUAUGCUUCCUGUCCCAUUUGUCCAUUCUGAUAAUGAAUCCUACCUAUCGGUGUUCGAGGGGAGCCAAAUCUGUGUGUACCCAUUUUUGUCUGGCUGGGAGGUUGUAAAUGCUUUUGACUGCGUUGUUGGGGGCAACCAGUCGUUGUCAGCAAUAGACGAUGUUUGUGAUCCUGUUGAUCUGUUACCUGAUGACCCAUUUGGGAUGGAGUUAAACAGAAAUAUGGGAGCUGCUCUAGAUGGCUUAUUUAAGGCUAGCUGUAGGGACUUCUUUGGAUGGAGUUUGGUUUGCUCGCCUGAAACUCAAUUUAACUAUGAUGCUAGGGCAGAAGAGCUUGAUGGUUGGCCAAUUGAAAGCUUUGAAGGAUUCUCUGUUCAUGAUAGUCUUGAUGAAGAGUCUGAAACUGGCUUAAUAGACGGUGAAUCUUUGAACCUCUAUUGUGAAGACAAUACCCACUUUAGUGGAGGAGAUGAGGGACUUCCACACGAUGGACUUAUCUUCUCACUUAGAUAUAUGGAUCUUCGAGAUCUCCUCUCACUUGAAAGGGUCUGCAGGCCCUUGCGUUCAGCUGUUCGAAAUGAUUCUCUUUUGUGGAGAUCUAUGCUAAUAGAUUCUCCACUGAGUGAGAAGAUAACAGAUGAUGUUCUCCUGCAACUAACCAGGAGAGCUCAAGGGAACUUGCAAUCUUUGAGUCUGAUAGGUUGUCCAAGGAUUACAGAUGAAGGCUUGAAGUGUGUGUUGGACAAUAAUCUGAGUCUAAAGAAGUUGCAUAUUCCUGGGUGUGUAAGACUAAGCCUUGAAAGUAUAAUAAACAUCCUCAAGGAAUAUCAGUCAAAAUGUUCACCAGGAAUUGAGCAGCUCAAGCUUGGUAGACUUUUCAGUGUAUCCCAAGAACAAUAUGAAGAGUUGAAGUUGUUGCUACACGCAGACCAACAUCAACAAACCCAAGCUCAGAAAUUGAGGUUCUAUUACACUAGUCGAUCAUCUCUUGGUUGGGUUGAUGAUCGUGCUAUUGACAUUGAAAUGUGCCCACUUUGCAAAAAGUACAAACUAGUCUAUGAUUGUCCUUCAGAGAGUUGUCAAGGAAGAGGUUUUACGCAAUGCAGAGCCUGUGACAUUUGCAUUGCAAGAUGCAUCCAGUGUGGAAAAUGUAUCAAAGACUGCAGGUAUGUAGAGACCUUUUGUCUCGAAUAUUUGUGUUCAGAUUGUUGGAAGGAACUACAGGAGAAAUUUUAGAGCAUCAAGAAUACUGAAAAAAAAACGUGAAUUUGCAACCUUAGACUGUUGGCUAUCCAUUCAAUUGGUUAAUAGGCAAUGCAUUUGCUUAAUUUUAUUGGAGAAUUCAAAGUUCCCCCACCCUUUCAAUAUUUAUAUGGGGGUAUUGCAAAAAUGGAAGCUUCAUAUUUCUAUGCCUUUCUGGGCCACCAGCAUUUCCUUCAAGCAACGAUGAAGUUCUAGUGAUUUAUAAAUCCAAAUGCCAAAAAAAAAAAAAAAAAAUCAGAGAUGCAGGCAUGUUGAAAUUUUCCGCCUCAAAUAUGUAUGUUCAUGUUCAAAUUGUUGGAUGGAGCUACAAGUAGAACAACUGAGCACUUAGAUGGAUGAUUUUGCUCAUAUAUCGAAGAAAUAUAAGUUUGGCCACCUAUUAUUUUUUGCUGGUCUAUUGUUCAAUACAGAACUUCAUACGUCUGCCCUUUAACUGGCCAAGCAAGUAUGAAACAGGAGCAAUAUCUACCCAAAAGAUGAGAAAAAAAUGGUAGAAGCAAGUGAUAAUGUCAAGAACACCCUUUGUUAUCAUGCUUAUGAUCAGGAGAAGCGAGUAUGAAACUAGAGCAAUAUUUACCCAAAAGAUGAGGAAAAAGAUGGUAGAAGAAAGCGACAAUAUCAAGUACAUCCUUUGUUAUUCUGCAUAUGAUCCGAAUUAUUUGAAUUAUGAAAUAUGAAGUUUGGUUUCCAG